AUGGAUUUUCAUUACACAUCAUCCUCCAAUGAUGAACACGAUGGCAAUUACAGGCAGAGAUCAAGAACUCCUCCAAGCGAGACCUUCUCUUAUGAAGACGAGCACCAUCAUAGACGAAAACACAAGGGCCCCUCUAGUAGGGGCCUGGGUAAUGAUGCCAUGAGUAAGGCUCUGGAUAAGAUCUCUAAGUCACCCUUCACGCGCAGGAUAGAAGGGGCUAGGCUACCACGACGUUUCCAUCAGCUUACAUUCAUCGUUUAUAAUGGUCGAACGGACCCUGUAGAGCAUGUGAGCCAGUUUAACCAAAGAAUGGCCGUCCACUCCAAGAACGAAGCUUUGAUGUGUAAGGUUUUCUUGUCCAGCCUAGGACCUGUAGCAAUGAGAUGGUUCAAUGGCUUAAAGGUGAACUCCAUAGAUUCCUAUAAGCAGCUCACCCAAGCCUUUGGCUCUCGCUUUAUUACGAACAACAGGGUUCCUCGGCCUCUGAGUUCGUUGUUGUCAUUAUCCAUGCGUGAGGGAGAAACUCUAAAAGCAUACUUAAACAGAUAUUGGGAAAUGUAUAAUGAGAUGGAUGACAACUUUGAUGACGUCGCCAUUAGCACUUUUAAAAGCGGUCUCCCAACCGAGCACGGCUUGAGGAAAUCUUUGACUGGCAAGUCUGUCACUAGUGUACGUUAA